AUGGGCCCCACUACCACCAGCCAGACAUGGGGAGACAUGAACCAAAUCGUAGCGGGAAGCUUUCACGUGGGAACCGGGGUGACAGUUUGCAGUGUAAGGGAGCCGAGCCAGUGUGGGAAGGAUGAGUUCAAAUCUGAGAACCUCGAGAACCUCUGCUGCCGACUGUGUCCCGCUGGCACCUACCUCAGAAAGCCAUGCCAGAAGAACCAUGAUGAGAGUGACUGCUCCCCGUGUGAGACUGAACACUUCACAGCCCACAAAAACAGGGAAUCUCAGUGCUUACCCUGUGCUCAGUGCUGGAAAGACCAGGAAGAGGUGUCCAAAUGCUCCAAGAAUGCUGAUCGUAAGUGCCAGUGUAAGCAGGGCACCUACUGUAACUCUGAACACUGUGAGAUGUGCUACCCGUGCAGCAGCUGUCCUAACGGCACAGUCAGAAGCCAAUGUAAUGCCACGAUGGACACGGUGUGUGACACAAACAGUUCAAAGCCAGCUGCUAUCAUCAGCAUCAUUGCUGCUGUCAUCAUCAUCAUUUAUGUCAUCAUUCGUGCAAUCAUUUGGUGUUCUGAUAAAAGAGGAAGAACAGUCCCAAGGAGUGUCAACAGCAGCAACUCACGUAAGUGA